AUGUCAGAUAUCUCAUCUUCAAUGUCGGAUAUCCCAGCUUCGCUGAAACAGCUCCUCACCAAACUUUCCAAGGAGAAGGUUGCUUCCAAAGAACAGGAAGUAGAAAUCUUGAAGGGGAUGCUAGCUCAAAAGGACGAGGAAAUCGACCGCCUUAAGGACAAGCUGCGUAUAAGAGAUUUGAAGGCUGAUAUUCUAAGAGCUGACAUCGAGUCAGCUUGGGAAAAUUUUGACACUUCUCAGACAAUUAGAAGUCCCAAAAUUAGGUCUAACAAGGAGAUCAAGCAUGGAAAAGAGCCUAGAGAAGAGACAAAGGGGAUGGCUCCAAAGCAAGAUGGGUUAAAAUUCUCCAACAUGAUCUCUCUCCCUCUCCUUCCAGCUCCUUCCCCCUUUCCCACUUUUACUGGCUCUCCAUGCCCUUCGUACCUAUCAACAGCAGAAUCAAACAUUGUAGGAGCAACAAUGUCCACAGAACUACAUGGAAAGUAA